UGUAGUCAACCGGUUGCCGCUUUAGUGGAUAUCACCGCUCGAAUAUAAUUUUUUUUUUUCAUAAUUUUUUAAUUACGUUGCCGUUGUUGUUUUGGUUAAUUUGAUUAUGUUUUUGCAUUGAUAUUGGAGUAGAAUUUGAAUUUAUUGUAAUUAGAACGCAGCUAAUUUGUUUAUGUAAGGCGGUUUUCAUCGCUUUGAUAUGACAUGUUUGAUGUUGAAUGAACGUAAUUUGUACAAAACUACCCUCAAAUUUUUAAUAUUUCUAACCAUGUUGUCAAACUAGUAAACUGCAUUUAAUUAAAAUAUAACGAGUAAACAUUUUUGUUCUUUGUUGGUUGAGCGAUUUAUUUAGACGAUUUUGUAGGCGAGGUGGUGUUACAUAUUUGUUACUAAGUAUCCAAUAAGGUUAUUAACAAAAUCUAAUCGCAACGCUACGACAAGAAAGUAUCUUACUGGAAGUGAAGAAUAACAUAUUGGAAAAAAGUGGAUAAAUUUCGUACAUUCAAUGAGAACCAAUACAUAACAGUCAAAUCUCUACCAAAAUGCAGCGUGCUCGACAAUGACUGCUUGAAGAACGUUAUGCUAAAGAAGCUCAACAAUCCUGGCUUGCCAAGUUUCAACGUACUACCAUUUGACCCUAUUUAUUUGAGUUAUAUUACUGUUAAUUUACCAAAUAUGGUCAAUGUUAGCAUUAACAAGGCCGCUUUAACAGGUGUCAAGAAUUGUGUUUAUCAAAGUUUCGCCAUUGAUUCAACGGAGGGUUUGGCGAAAGAAGAAGUUCGCUGCAACCUGACGCUGAAAGGUGGCUACACGGCCGACGCGCCCAACUCCGUAUUAGCAGCUGACUUCCAGACUGACCAGGACCUGCACGGCCAAGGGACUGGACAGAUUAGCGUUGUUAACCUAUACAUGAAAAUUGAAUUGCCGUUUCAUUUCGAAAAACGCGGGAACAACAUAUUCAUCGUCUGCUCAUACAAUGAAGGAAAAUGUGACUAUGAUUACCAGGGCUCAGUGGUAUUUGCUGCUGACAAUCUUUACGUUGGUGACAAAAAUAUAGCUGCCGACGUUGUCAGUUAUUUGAAUGAAAACUGGAAACAAUCAUCAUUUGUUCAAACAUUUAUCGAAGAGUAUUUGAAAAUCUAUUUCGCUUACAGCAAGAGAUUUUUGGAGGGCGUGCCCACAAAAUAUUACAUCACCGAUGACUUGACUAACUACAUUCAAAACUAA